AUGGAGUGGUUAUUUGGAAAAAGAGUUACACCGGAUGAAAUGCUAAGAAAAAAUCAAAGAGCUUUAAAUAAAGCAAUGAGAGAUUUGGAUAGAGAAAGAAUGAAAAUGGAACAACAAGAAAAAAAAUUAAUAGGAGAUAUUAAAAAAAUGGCUAAAGAUGGUCAAAUGGAUUCAGUUAAGAUAAUGGCUAAAGACUUAGUGAGAACUAGGAGAUAUGUUAAAAAGUUUAUGAUUAUGAAAGCAAACAUUCAAGCCAUUAGUUUAAAAGUACAGACGUUAAAGUCUCAAAGUGCCAUGGCUGAGGCGAUGAAAGGUGUAACAAGAGCCAUGCAAAAUAUGAACAGGCAAUUAAAUUUGCCUCAAAUACAAAAGAUUAUGCAAGAAUUUGAAAAACAAUCUGAAAUUAUGGAAAUGAAAGAAGAAAUUAUAAAUGAUGCAAUGGAUGAUGCUAUGGAAGGGGAUGAUGACGAGGAAGAAACAGAUGCAAUCGUUUCCCAAGUUUUAGAUGAAUUGGGUCUUCAAAUGAAUGAUCAAUUAUCAGGGUUACCUCAAACAGGAGGCUCAUUGGCAACACCCUCCGCAAAUAAAACUGCCGAAGCAGCAGGUGUAGCAACAGAUGCUGAUGCUGAUCUUCAAGCACGUCUUGAUAAUUUAAGACGAGAAUAA